AUGGCUUCGCAAGCCACUUCCGAUUCAAAGCCUUCGGGCAACGCUACAGAAUCAAGCUCGACAGCUUCCUUGAUCCCCACCCUCUCCUCAGAGGAGCAAUUUCUUCACCUCUUGCGACACAACUUGGCGCUCAUCACUAGAGGUGUGACGCACUUGGAGCCUCGCUUCACCGCUAGAGCUCUUCGAAGCUUGACCUCUACUCGACGCAAAGCUGCUGCUCAUCCGGAUGUGCUCGCCACCACAAUCGAAGAGGGAGAUGCGGAUGAUAAAUCUCGUGCUGCGAUGCUCAAGUUCUUGCCCAAGUCUUAUGUUCCUCAGCCUGUCAAGCUGCCCACCGCGACGAGCGCAAACGCUGCCUCGGACGCCAUGGACAUAGACGAAUCUGAAUCUGCGCCAGCCACAGAGGGAACAAAAAAGGACUCGAAAGACGGCAAGUCCGACGACAAGGAUUCGGAAAGGGAGAAGGAAAAGGAAAAGGAGGCUCAACAGGAGAAAGAAAGGGCUGCAUUCAUCGAAAAGUUCAAUCAACCUUUUAAAGCGAGACCAGAAGCGGCUGCUGAAGUUCAAGCGUAUCUGCGUCUUCUGUUGGUGGUUUACCUGCUGGAUGGAGGAAAGGUAGAAGAAGCGCAGACGCUGGCCAGGUCUUCGAUCGAUGCUGUCGUCGCUCAAAAUAAGAGAUCCCAGGAUUUGCUCGGUGCCAGGCUUGUCUUUUACCUCUCUAGGAGCAUCGAACUGCUCAGCAAGGACAAAUCUGCCGAGGGUCUUGCCGGCGAGCGUCCUUACCUCUUGAGUCUGUACAGGAGCGCCUCUCUUAGACACGAUCCCGAGACGCAAGCGACGCUCAUCAACCUCCUGCUCAGGAGCUACAUCGAGGGAAAGGCGAACCUGUACGACCAAGCGGACAAGCUCGUCGCCAGAGCCCCUUUUCCUCGAAGCAAGGCUGGCAAUGGCCAAGUGGCGAGGUACGAGUACUACGUAGGAAGAAUUCGAGCUGUUCAAUUGAACUACUCGGAAGCUCACACGCACCUUCAACAAGCCAUCAGAAGAGCUCCAGCGGCUGUGCAACCGGCAAGCGCCAACAAGGGUGCGGCGGACAAGGAAAAGGCGGACGGUCCGCCUGCUGCCAAACUUGGCAAACCUUCUGUGCCUGCCGCUGGGUUCUUGCAGACGGCUCACAAAUUCCUGGUCGUCGUGGAGCUGCUCAUGGGCGACAUUCCUGAACGAAGCAUUUUCCGCGCCGAAGUGCUCCAGAAGGCCCUUGCGCCUUAUAUGGAGAUUGUCCAAGCGGUCCGAGUGGGCGAUUUGUCCCUCUUUCAAAAGACGCUGUCCACGCACGAAGCGCUCUUUCAAGCCGACCGCACGCGUUCUCUGAUCGUGCGUCUGCGCCACAAUGUCAUCAAGACGGGUAUCCGCACCAUCUCCCUCGCAUACAGUCGGAUUUCGCUUGCAGACAUCACGCGCAAGCUUCAUUUGGAGAGCGAAGAAGAUGCAGAGUACAUUGUGGCCAAGGCUGUCAGGGAUGGGGUCAUCGAGGCUCGGGUGGACCACGAGAGGGGAGAAAUGAAGUCGGCAGACAUGGGAGAGGUUUACAAGACCAACGAACCUCAGACGCAAUUCAGACAGAGGAUCGACUUUUGCUUGCAGUUGCACAACGAGAGCGUAAAGGCCAUGCGUUACCCGCUCAACAAUCACAAGGCGGAACUCGACAGCGCUGUCGCGGCGCGCGAAAGAGAGAGGGAGCUGGCCAACGAGAUCGCCGAUGGUGACAUUAGCGAAGACGACGAGGAUUGGGUUUGA